AUGGGGCUUCUAUCGUAUCCGCGUCUCCGUGAGGACAUGGGCUUCUCCUCCUCUGAUUGGCGAUCAGUGUCUGGUAGCUAUAGUUCUCCUCUGGGGCUUUCGUCAAUUCCUCUGUUCCUCGAACUUUUCUAUUUCGAGGGAAGGCUAACACUCCUCAAGCUUUUAGUCCAGGUCGGAGGAUCAAGUUACAUUGACCCAGCUUCCAGCAGAUGGCUUGAAAGACCUCACGUACUCAUAAUAAAGUCUUUAGCUGACAAGUCGGGAAAGGCAGCUACCCAGGGUUUCCCAAGAGCAGAAGGGCACGAGAGAGCGAUCCCAGCUUCCCUAUGGACCGUUACAAGUCUAAAGCAAAGGAACUCUUAUAGUUACCAGAUCCCUACCUUCUCACUGGCACUCUAUAUAGGAAGAUACCAAGUCCCUGGCACAGGUAAGGAAGUUCGGUCUGCAAGCGUGAUAGCCACUCCUACAUCAGUCGAAUCUUCCGAGAAGAAGCCAAUCCUGGUAGCUGCAUCUGGUGUGCUACCUGGGUUUCCUUGUAAUACACCACUUCUUUCUUCAGCUGCUUACCUGGCACCCUGCUUAUCUGACUUCGCACCUAUGUUUGUGCCUCCUCGGGCAAUGAGCCAGCCACUUCUAUCGCGUAGUGCGAGAAGACUGCCCUCCACUUAUCACCCUUCCUUGUGUGAGGAGGAUGCUGACUUUUAUCAGACUUGCUUGCUGUGCAUGGUUCUCGUCCUCUUUGACGCAUGAUUGGGAGUCAUCCGUGAAGAUUGUUCUUUCAUUCGGCCGAUGGAGGAGUGUGCUAACAAGAAAGAGUACAGGAUCUCCUUGUUAGAUAGAUCCUUUCUUUCGCUUCUGGGCAAAGGCUAUCAGCAGCUGCAUCAGCUGCAGCAGAGUAAGGAGUCUGAAAUAGAUAGUUUGGGGGAAAGAGGUGUUCCCCCGGCUAUGGUUUAA